CCUUCCUGCAGAACCAUGGAGUUCGGGUGCCCUGAGUUGCUGGAGCCCCCAGAAGAUAUCUUCUCGACAGGAUCCUGCCUGGAGCUGGGAUUGAACGGUUCCCCGUCAAAGGGCCUUCGGAAGAGUGAACCUGACGAUUUCCUGAACCUCUUUAUCGAUCCCAAUAUGAUAUACUGCUCAGAAACAUCUGGUAGUGACGGUGGGGUCUCUGAAGAUCCUGGCUCCCCUGCCCCACAGGCCCCCAGUUCCCCUCCCCUCUAUGAGGUUGUCUAUGAGGCAGGGGCCCUCCAGGGAACUCAGCAAGAAGCUGGGCCAACCUUUGGACUCAUCUCCAUCCAGAUAGAUCAGUGGAGCCCAGCACUUAUGGUACCUGAUGCCUGCACAGUCAGUGGACUGCCCUCUGAUGCCCGCAGGCAUAUCCUGCCUAGAGUCAGCACUGUAGGCCCAGCACCUCCUGCAGACGUACUGUCCUGCCAACAUCUGUUCCUGACAGAUGAAGAAAAGCAACUGCUGGGGCAAGAAGGGGUUACUCUGCCCUCUCACCUGCCCCUCACCAAGGCAGAGGAGAGGAUACUCAAGAAGAUCAGGAGGAAAAUCCGCAACAAGCAGUCAGCUCAGGACAGCCGGCGGCGGAAGAAAGAAUACAUAGAUGGGCUGGAGAGCAGAGUGGCAGCCUGCUCUGAACUGAAUCAGAAACUACUGAGAAAGGUCGAGGAGCUGAUAAGGCAGAACAUCUUCUUGGUGGAGCAACUCCAGCAGAUGAUGCAGCUCAUUGCUCCGACCUCCAGCAGAGCUGCCCAGACCAGCACCUGUGUCCUGAUUAUUUUUUCGCUGGCUCUCAUCAUCCUGCCCAGUUUCAGCCCCUUUCAGGGGCAACCAGAAGCUAGACCUGAGGGUUAUCAGCCUCAUAGAGUGAUUUCCAGAAAUAUCUUGACUCAUGAGGACAGGACAGAAAGCCUGGAGAGUCCGGUGCUAAAGUCCAAACUGGAGGAGCUACCUGAAGUCCCAACUGCAAAUGGUUCAACAGAGACACAUCUGAAGGUGCAAGUGAAGGCCAGACCCCCUGGGCAGAUCAGGGGAAUGGUGCUUGCAGAUGAGAUGUGAGCCAAACACUUUCCAAUCACACAAGACUCCACAUAGGUUUCCCUGUCACCUUUCAUCUCGUGGCAGGGCACCUCACAAUGCUUGUCAUACAUUUGUGAUUUCAUUUCUUCUUUGUGGGUAAGGUCAAAGGGAAACAAGUUUUGACUUGGAAAUAAACCUCCUAGCUCAAAUUCUA